AUGCUUGGAGGUCUGAACUAUUCACUUCUGUCCGACCUGAUGUGCCCCAGCUGCUCAAACUACUUCACACCACCCAUAAGGAUUUGCCCCGUGGGCCACAGCAUGUGCGACGCCUGUUCCGACAGGCUUCCACAGUGCCCCGUGUGCCACGUACCCCAAUCCAAAGCCAGGAACCUGAUGCUGGAGAAAAUGUGCGCCCAGCUGAACUUCCCCUGCAAGUACCGCUUCAUAGGUUGCGACAAGCUGAUCAAAGGCUCGGCCCUGAAGCAACACUACCGGGAGUGCCCUUUCGCCGUCCAGUGUGCCGGUUGCUCGGACCACUUCACGCCGCCGAUCAGGACGUGCCAGCUGGGCCACAACAUGUGCAGGACCUGUUUCGACAGGUUUCCGAGCUGUCCGGUGUGCAAGAGCCCCCAUUCUGAGACCAGGAACUUGAAAUUGGAGGAUAUUUGUGCCCGGUUGAGUUUCCCCUGCAAGUACGAGGCUAUGGGGUGUAAGAAGGUGGUCAAGGGGUCGCAGCUGAAGCAGCACCAUCUGGGGUGUGACUAUGCUGUACAGUCGUGCCCCAUGUAUGCGUGCAACGUUGAGAGGACUAAGAGUGAAAUGGAGAAGCAUUUGGUGGGGUACCAUGCUGAUCAAGGUAUAUUCUAUGGGAAUUUCAGCAAAGUAAUCAACUUCAAAAAGGAUUCACAUUGGAGGACGGUCAUCAAAAAGUUUGACGAAUUUUUUGUCCUUACUGUUAUUGUAGACAAAACAACAAAAGUCAUUAAGAUGUAUUUAUAUUCCUUGUUUGAACAAGAUAGUUUUGACAUAUUUCAUUUUGAGUUAACUUUGUCAUACAAAGACAACCCUUUGUUUGCCUCAGUUGGUGUAUGUCAUAAUUAUUCAGAAACUCAAUCUGACAACUACUGGGUAGUACCCAGGGAAGUUUCAAUGGAGUUUGAAACUAGGUACGACAAUAAAAUAUACUUUAGUAUUGAUAUUUUCAGGACACAAGCAGUUGUUUAG